GAAGGGACAGCUCCGCGGCGGCGGCGGUGGCCGCGGGCGCGCAGUGGGCGCCGAGAGCCGAGCGCAGCCAUGCCCCAGGCCGCCUGUGGGGCAGCAGCAGCGGCGGCCGGGGCGCGGGCCGGGGGCGCCGGGGGGCCGGCGGCGGCCCGGGCGCCACGAUGAAGCGGCAGAACGUGCGCACGCUGGCUCUCAUCGUGUGCACCUUUACCUACCUGCUGGUGGGCGCCGCGGUCUUCGACGCGCUCGAGUCCGAGCCCGAGAUGGUGGAGCGGCAGCGGCUGGAGCGGCGGCAGCAGGAGCUGCGGGCACGCUACAACCUCAGCCUGGGCGGCUAUGAGGAGCUCGAACGCGUCGUGCUGCGCCUCAAGCCGCACAAGGCCGGCGUACAGUGGCGUUUCGCCGGCUCCUUCUACUUCGCCAUCACCGUCAUCACCACCAUCGGUUACGGCCACGCAGCGCCCAGUACGGAUGGCGGCAAAGUGUUCUGCAUGUUCUACGCGCUGCUGGGCAUCCCACUCACGCUGGUCAUGUUCCAGAGCCUGGGCGAGCGCAUCAACACGUUCGUGCGCCACCUGCUGCACCGCGCCAAGAAGGGGCUGGGUAUGCGGCGCGCUGACGUGUCCAUGGCCAACAUGGUGCUCAUCGGCUUCUUCUCCUGCAUGAGCACGCUGUGCAUUGGCGCCGCCGCCUUCUCCUACUACGAGCGCUGGACCUUCUUCCAGGCCUACUACUACUGCUUCAUCACGCUCACCACCAUCGGCUUCGGCGACUACGUGGCGCUGCAGAAGGACCAGGCGCUGCAGACGCAGCCGCAGUACGUGGCCUUCAGCUUCGUCUACAUCCUCACGGGCCUUACGGUCAUCGGCGCCUUCCUCAACCUCGUGGUGCUGCGCUUCAUGACCAUGAACGCCGAGGACGAGAAGCGCGACGCCGAGCACCGCGCGCUGCUCACGCGCAACGGGCAGGUGGGCGGGCUGGGCGGCUGCCUGGGUGGCGUGGGCUUAGGUUUGGGCGGCGGCGCGGGGGGUGGCGGCUGCGGGAGCAGCAGCGGCGGCGGUGGCAGCGUGCACACCAUGGACACCGCCUCCUCCCCGGUGGCGGCGGCAGCGGCAGCUGCGGGCGGUGGCGGCGGAGGCGGCGGCUUCCGCAAUGUGUACGCUGAGGUGCUGCACUUUCAGUCCAUGUGCUCAUGCCUGUGGUACAAGAGUCGCGAGAAGCUGCAGUACUCCAUCCCCAUGAUCAUCCCGCGGGACCUCUCCACGUCCGACACGUGCGUGGAGCAGAGCCAUUCGUCACCAGGGAUGGGCGGCCGCUACAGCGACACGCCCUCGCACCGCUGCCUGUGCAGCGGCACGCAGCGCUCCGCCAUCAGCUCCGUGUCUACCGGCCUGCACAGCCUGUCCACCUUCCGCAGUCUCAUGAAGCGCAGGAGCUCGGUGUGAAUGCCCAGUGGCGGUGGCAGCAGCAGCGCUGGGCAGCACCCAGGGGAGCGCAGGCCAGGGCUGGAGGGUGGAGAUGGGGGAGAGUGGGUGUCCCCUGCGGGCAAGCAUGAGCGGCUCCAAGCUAGGGAGGAGCUACACACACACACACACACACACUCUCACACACACACACACACUCACACACACACACUCACAAGCCGCCCUUGGCUCGGUGGGAUGCCCGCAGUGCCCCCCUCCCCACUGUCCCCCUGCCCUCAUCUCUUGACUGUGCCUGCUUGCACCAGGCUGCUGGCAGAAGGCCAGGGCAGGGAGCCCUGCAGAUUCCGAGAAAUGUGAAGCUUGGGAGUGGGGGGUGGGGUGGGGUGGGGUGGGGUGGGGAGGAUUGGGGAGAAGAAGCAGUAGCUGAGAGCCUGCUUCUGUGGAAAUCUACCAAGAGGCUCCCCAGUCCUCAGCCAGCACCUGCUGGUACCCAGACCCACCCCUACACCCAUACCCCGUCCCUGCCUCCCCAGGGACCUCCAAGUUCCUGAGUCCAUUUGCAUCUCUAUUUAUACCUCUGCCCUGCCAGGUCUCCCACCUCUCCUGGGCUCCAAAAGCCAGGGUGUCUUUUGCCCAGGCCACCCCAACCUGGUCCCAGUGGGCCCCCUCCCUUCCCCCUCCCUUUUCCUCUGCCCCAGCUGCAUCUCCCAGUCUCCCCCUCUGUGAGGUUUGCAUGGCUUUGCCCAUUAAGGAGAAAGUGGAAACCCAACAGCCCCAGACGCUGGUCCUCAGAGGGCAAACAGAAGGCAGGCAGCCAGGGGGCACACCAAGCAGGGCAGGAGGAGGCAUGGGCACCUGACCUCCACCACAUGCUCCUGAGGGGGCACAGGCACUGCAGCCUUCCAAAUGCUGCCCAAGGAUUCUGGAACCAAAAACUGCAGACUUACUGACCGUGACCCCAACACAUCUGCAGAGUGACUUUGAGCUUUCAAAACCCCUGUACUGCCUACUCACCACAACCCCAUUGAGUCUCCAGGGGAGGAGUCCUUAUCCCCAUUUUACACAUAAGGACACUGAGGCCCAGGUGGGUAGAAUGACCUGCCCAAGGCAAACUACGUAGCCUAAAAGACAGAAGGGAACCUGGCCCAGCCUUCUUGUUCCCAGCCACCAGCGUGUUCCACCCCCAGUUUGACCUGUUCUUCAAAGCAGAAUUCUGACCCUGUGCACCUGGCAUCAUGGGGCAGCCUCCCUCUUCACCUGCCCAAAGCAGAAGCCAGGUCUGGGCUGCUUCUGAGGCUCUGCCUAGGGACCAAGGCUAGCAGGGCUGCAUCUUACAGAGGAAAUGGCUGGCAGCGGGGAACCCUGCGUGUUUGGGAACUGAAUAGAACAGCCAUGAGAACCAGUGGGUAUAUCCUCCUGGAACAGCAACCUGGUGCCACAGCCAGCCAAGGGGUUAGGGAAGGAAGGUGCAGCUGCACGCAGGUGGGAAGUUUGAACGUGGAUGCCGUUCACCCAUCAGCAGCUCCUCCUGGGAACACAGCAGAUGGGUCAGGAAUGUGUGCAGCUGGAUCAGGUGCAGUGACCAGGAUAGCACCAAGGGUGGUCUGGGACCCCUCUUCCUCCCUCAAGACCACCUUCCCAGUGCUGUGCCCCGCUCAUCAAACCCUGGUUGCUUCUGAACAAGGCUAGCCCUAGCAUCCAGGCAGGACAUGGGCCAGGGUGCUCAGAUGAUUGGUCUCCAGCCACUGUCCCCUCCCCAGCCCCAGGCCUGGCCCCAGUCCCAGCCCUGGCCAUGUGUGUGUCCUACAGUCUUGGGGGGACCGCAUGGAGGGAAGCUGUCCCACCUACACUUGUGAGUCUUGUCUCCGUGUGGAGGAGCUGGAGCGGGGGAAUGUUCAUGUGCCUGGGACCUUCGUUUAUGUUGGGGUGUGGGCAGUGUGACCACCUCUGUCCUGUGUGUGACCCUGCCCUCGAGGGGUCCAGUCCUGUCAGUCAGUCCCGAGGGAGCCACUACCAAAGUUGCAGAGAGACGGUGAGGAGGAGGCAGAGCAGCCCGGGAUGAGCACGGCAGGUGGCCGGGUUCCAGCCGGCUCUCCCCCAGGACCCUGGGAGGCUGCUGCCGCUGCUUCCCCUUCUCACCCUGUCCCAUCGCCGGCAGCCUUUCUGCUUCCCCGAUGCCUUAUGCCUGGGCACACUGCCACAGAAUAUGCAAUAUGUGUGGGUGACACACCCCACACCCACACCCGGGCAGCCCCUUGGGCCCCCUAGGCUGUGGCAGCCACGGCCUCCCCUCAGCUCCCCCUGCCUAUCUGUCUUCACAUUGAGAAUGGCGCCUAAUAAAUGCUGUCCUUGGAGACCAGG